AUGGCCUCCGCCGCAGCUUCUCCCCAAAGGGAGCCCACUCCCUCUGUCAUGCCUUCCUCAAUUCCCCAAAAACGCGCCCUCGAAGAUGACCAUGUCCCAGCCGUUUCAUCGCCAUUAAACCCCGAACCCAAGGCGCAAAAAGUGCAGGUGCAGAUACAGGAGGACAGCCAGGUCAUGGCGCGCGAGAAGAGGACCAAGAAAGACUCGCUCAAGAAACGCGAAUCCAAAGGCGGUACGGACAGCGCGAGGGCGACGCCUGACCCCAAGCCGAGGGAAGUACCGGGGAAUCUGGCGCCCAUUCGGUACAAGCUCGCGCAUCCAAAGCCCACCGAUUUCGAGUUGCCCAAAGGACCCGUCCUCACAAGCCACCAUGAGGUGCAAGACCCAGAAGGCAGGACGAUUGAGUUUUACGAGACGUCAGAUCACGUUUAUAACAAAAAGAAUUUCCACUAUACACACUGCAUCGCCGACCCCGGCUUCCCGUCCAUGUUCUACUACCGCAACACCGAGCCGCCGCCGUUUGCUGCCCACAUGAGCUUCGAAGAUGCGGCAUCUCACAUGUUCUUCGAUCAAAGCGGAACACAUAUUACCUCAGACAAGGGCUUCCGGAUGUCUCGCGCCAACGUGGCCGUCCGCGAGGGGCGAUGGUAUUGGGAGUGCAAAGUCACCCGGGGCAUACUCAAGGACCGGAGGGAGGGCGAUCCAGCAUCGCAUGGUCAUGUUCGUGUGGGAUUCGCCAGGAGGGAGGCGUCCCUGGACGCGCCAGUUGGGUUCGAUGCCUACAGCUACGGGAUUAGGGAUGUGGCGGGCCAAAAGGUGCACAUGUCGCGACCCAAGGACUUCUUCCCGCCAGGCGAGGACAUAAAAGAAGGGGAUGUGAUCGGGUUGGAGAUACAGCUGCCGUCGGAGCGCCUGCAGCGGAAGAUUGUUCAGGGUGUGUACAAUCCGGCGAUCGACCUCGCUGACGAGGAGUUCAAGCAAACGCCCGAAGCGCCAAACAUCAUUCGAGACCGCAUCCCGAUCCGGUUCAAAGCGCACAUCUACUUUGAGAAGAUUGACUACCACACGACGAAGGAGCUGGAGGAGUUGAUGAACCCGUCCCCAAUGGCGUCGGGACACAAUGCUGAGCCGCCGAAUCCAAACCACACCGUUCCUGCGUUGCGCACGCUGCCAGAUUCGUGCAUCAAGGUGUACAAGAAUGGCGUCCUCAUGGGGACGCCCUGGACUGACCUGCUGGCAUUCCUUCCACCAGCGUCGAAGCAGGCGCAACAGACCGGCGGGCGGGAGGCUCUCGAUGACGGGACGCUGGGUUAUUACCCGGCAGUCAGCGUCUUCCGGGGCGGUGCGGUCGAGGUGAACUUUGGGCCCAACUUCUGGUACCCUCCGCCCGCUGAGGAUGCUGAGAUGGCCGACGCCGAUGGGCCGCCGCGGAAGAAGUUGAAUACGCUGCGGCCGGUGAGCGAGCGCUACGACGAACAGAUCGCCGAGGACAUUGUCUACGACAUUGUGGACGAAGUCGGCUUCUGGAUGCAGGACGGCGGGAAA